AUGGAAGAAGGAGGUGGAGUGAAAUCAGCUACGGAUGCCAGGGAGACGGCGGCACUAGAGUCUCAAUCCCAAUCCACCAACCAGAGGCCUCCUCGUCUUAACAAGUAUGCCUUGGCAUGUGCCGUCUUGGCUUCCACCAAUUCCAUUCUUCUGGGCUACGACAUUGGGGUGAUGAGCGGAGCAGUGCUGUACAUCAAGGAUACGCUCAAGAUUUCAUCAGUUAAGGUAGAGAUUUUGGUGGGCUCACUCAAUGCGUGUUCUUUGAUCGGAUCAUUCGCCUCCGGCAAGACUUCCGAUUGGAUAGGCCGGCGUUACACCAUUGUCUUGGCCGCCUUGACAUUCUUGAUCGGUGCAUUACUAAUGGGACUGGCCCCCUCGUUCCCCUUCCUCAUGGCCGGAAGGGUCAUUGCCGGGAUCGGAGUGGGAUCCUCUCUCAUGAUUGCACCGGUGUACUCUGCCGAGGUAUCUCCCGCCAUGACGCGCGGCUUCCUCACAUCACUUCCUGAAGUGUUUAUUAACGUAGGCAUAUUACUGGGAUAUAUCUUCAACUACGCAUUCUCAGGACUUCCACCACACAUUAACUGGAGGCUGAUGCUUGGCCUGGCCGGCUUUCCGGCCAUUGCUAUAGCUAUUGGGGUGAUGAAAAUGCCGGAAUCACCCCGGUGGCUAGUCAUGAAGGGCAAGACUGGAGAAGCCAAGAAGGUGUUGAUCAAAACUUCUGAAAAUGAGCGAGAAGCCAAGGAAAGGCUUGACGAAAUAACCAGAGCUGCUUCUUUGGUGGUUGAAGAUGGUACUACUAGUCCAAAUGGUAGCCCAAAAUCAGAAUUGCCCAGCUCAAAUGAUUGGCACGGACAGGGGGUCUGGAAGGAACUUCUAAGGCCUUCUAAGCCGCUUCGCAGGAUUCUUGUCGCCGCCAUUGGGAUAAACUUUUUCAUGCAAGCCUCGGGCAAUGAUGCAGUUGUUUACUACACGCCUUCGGUGUUUAAGUCCGCCGGAAUUCAUAGCCGGAAGGGGCUUGUUGGGGUCACGGUCAUAAUGGGAAUAGCCAAGACUUCCUUUGUGUUGGUUUCAGCUCUCUUCUUGGAUCACUACGGUAGGAGGCCCUUGUUAUUAAUGGGAACAACGGGUAUGGCCUUUUCGCUGGCUGGGUUGGGAAUUGGGUCCACGUUCCUUCAGCGUUCUCACAGGAAGCCUUUGUGGGCAAUUGCACUGUGUGUGCUAGCUGUAUGUUCUGAUGUGUCCUUCUUUUCAAUUGGGCUUGGUCCGAUUACGUGGGUAUACUCUUCCGAAAUUUUCCCAAUGAGAUUGCGGGCCCAAGGUUCCAGCCUAGCGAUCUCAGUCAAUAGGCUGGUUAGUGGGGUGGUGUCUAUGACAUUUCUUACCAUUUCAACGAAGAUAACAUUUGGGGGUGUGUUCUUUGUACUUUCAGGAAUAAUGGUGGCAGCUACCAUCUUCUUCUACUUUUGCUUACCAGAAACAAAGGGCAAGAGUCUAGAGGAGAUAGAGGCACUAUUUGAGGACGAAGAUAAGAAUAAGCAUAAGGUUUGA